ACAGCUCACGAAUUUUCCUACCACUUUCCUUGAAAUCAAACAAAAACUAUCCUUUAGUAUAUAUAUUUAUAGCCAUCGUUUUCUCAGCGAAACCCCAAAAAGACAAUCUUUCUUUCAAAAAAUUUAGUUCUCUCUCGUAACUCUUCAUAACAAUUUUCUUGAUUGAUCAGAGCUUUCAUCAUUAUGGAGUGCAGGCCAUUAGAGAUCACGGUUGCCUCAGGCAAAGAUCUCAAAGAUGUGAACGUUUUCGGCAAGAUGGAUCUCUAUUGUGUUGUUUCCAUCAAGGGAGAUCCACACAAGUCUAAGCAGAAACAGAAAACCCACGUUCAUAAAGAUUGUGGGCCUAACCCUCUUUGGAAUUUCCCCAUGAAAUUCAACAUCGACGAAGCCGCUGCUCAACAAAAUCGCUUGCAAAUCAAGUUCAAGCUUCUAGCUGAGCGAAUGAUGGGAGAUAAAGAAGUUGGGGUGGUUUCUGUGCCUGUCAAGGAAUUACUGGAUUCAAAAGAUGGAAAAGGUGGUCUCAUGAGCUAUGCUGUCAAGACCCCAUCUGGGAAGAUGAAAGGAACGUUGAGUUUCUCCUUUAAUUUUGGUGAGAAAGUCAGUGCUCCUGCGCCGGAGAAGGCGAAAAAGACGGGCGAGCAUGUUGCUGCUGCUGCUUCUCCUGCAAAGGGAUAUCAUGAGCCCGUCACUGCCUACCCUGCAACGGGAUAUCAGGGUGCUCCUGGUUCAAGUUCUGCCUACCCAGCGCCACCGCCUCAAGCGGCUCCUUAUCCAUAUCCUUAUCCUUAUCAGUAUCCUCCACCACCCCAACAUGGUUAUGGUGGAUACCCACCUGCACCCGGACAUGGGUAUCCCGGUUAUCCACCACAACCCGGUUAUGGUGGGUAUCCACCAGUGAUGCAACAACAGAAGCCCAAGAAAAGUGGUAAAGGAAAUAUGGCUUUGGGAUUGGGAGCUGGAUUGCUUGGUGGAUUGCUGGUUGGUGAUAUGAUUUCCGAUGUUGGUGAGAUGGCUGCCUAUGACGAUGGCUUUUCUGAUGGACUUGAUUUUUAGGGUUUUUUUAUUUUAUUGGCAUUGUAAUAAUUUCUUUCCUUUGGUAUGUAAUUAACCAUGGAUUUGAGUGACUAUUUUAUAUGAAUAAAUAAGCUUCUUUAUAUUAAA